GCUCCCAAGGUUGUCGCUUGUUGCCACUGCAACCAGAAUUUCCAACUUGUUCAACUCUUUCCGUCAACACAAACCACCCAUCGCUUCUCCACCUCCAUCCAUCGAUCCAUCCAUCAUCCGUCUCAUCAUCCACCCUACGCUUUUCCCGCCGUGCGCGUCUUUCUGGUGAGGGCGUCCAUCUUCCGAUCCGCUCCUAUCAGCCCUGCCUACGUUGCAUGCUUCGAGAAGGUGCCCAGCUACACUGUCUCGCCGUCGCCCAGCUUCGACGUCAUCAACAACACCGAAGUGAGGCGUAGGCGUGUCUUAGACUGACAUCUUUUGGUUACGGGGACCCUCCGUAGCAGCCUCAGGUGCCGGUCGCGCACAGGCCACUAAGAGAAAAAAAAGGCAUUGCUGUCUCUCUGCCUAGUCUGCCUACAACUUGCCCACAUCCCUGGCCUGCUGCCUGCCUAUUCUCCUCUUCAUUCCUGUCAAUCUCAACCUGUCGCCGAAUGACCAUUCUCUAGAAUCGCUAGCUGGCUACUCGCGAGAUAUUCAAAGGAUGUCCGACUCAGAAAGUCUCGACUACCUCCAGCCGGGCUUCGACCCGAAAUCCCUGACCAUCCCGCGCUUGCGAUCCAUCCUCGUGGCCUACAAUGUGCCUUAUUCUUCGAGCGCGAAGAAGGCGCAGCUGAUCGAGAUCUUCAACGAACAGAUUGUCCCCCAGUCCAAGAAGAUACUGGCUGCCCGUGCGCGAGCAAAGCGAUCGAGCAAAGGCAUCGUCGAUGCCGAGGUUGAAGGCGGCGGCAACCCCUUUGAGGAGCAUGAGGAGCUCGCGCCGCCACCCCCUAGCACUCGUCGGUCCCGAUCGCCUAGGAAGGCAUCGACGAGGAUCAAGUCUGAGGAGCCCGACCACCAGCAGAUGCCGCCUCGGGCCGCGAGCCCCACCAAGCGGAAGUCCCGAGCGACUAGCCGCCAGGUUCAGGCUUCCGAUACGGACACCGGCCCGGAGUUGGAUGGUAGCACCACUCUAAGACGCACACGGCCAUCUGUCGAACCGCCUGUUCCUCAGCCUGUUCCUCAGCCUAUGCCUCCGCCUCCGCAGCCUUUUGCCGCACCCCAACUCAAGACCGAAGAUUCCGACGAGGGUUUCUUCCGGCGAACCUCCGGCGUCUUUACCAACGACAACCCGUUCCAGAGCAGUAGCUCGCCGUCAUUCGUAGACAAGACUCCAACAAGCCGCCGCAGGACAGCCGGACCCGAGAAAUUAAGAAGCACGAGCAGCGGUGCGCAACAUCAUACAGAAAGCUACGCUAUCCCCAGAGAUCAUCGUCCUAGCCCACCCAUUCCGCCCCAGAACUUCGGGAUUCCCGCGAAGCAGGGUGCACUCUUCAAGACGCCCGACUCCCCCGUGCUCGAGGUUGGGGAGGAAUUCACACCCGAGGAACAACUCGAACUCGCAGCGGAGGAGGCCAUUCAGACCGACACCGAACCCUCUGCUCCGGCCAGGCAGCCUCGACAACCAGGUGGGCCCGGCUUUGGCAUGAUCCUUUCUAUUUUCUUUGUUACCCUUCUUAGUGUCUAUGCCGGAUGGUACCGGCAGGAGAAGAUCGCUGUGGGCUACUGCGGCGUGGGACGUCUGGGUAGCUCGAUUCCGAGCGAGAUUGACGUCCCAGAAUGGGCGCAGUCGGUCCUCCCGCCCCAAGUCAAGGUUCCACAGUCCGUCAUAGAUACUCUGGAGCCCGAGUGCGAGCCUUGCCCCCCUCAUGCUUACUGCUACGCGGAUUACUCGGUCCGCUGCGAGCAGGAUUAUAUUCUCAAGCCCCACCCCCUCUCGCUCGGCGGUAUUAUCCCUUGGCCCCCGACCUGCGAGCCCGACGGCGAGAAGGUCCGCCGAGUCCAAGCCGUGGCCGAUAGAGCCAUCGAGGAACUUCGAGACCGAGCAGCCAAGUAUGAAUGCGGUGAGCCUAUCGAUGAGGAAGGCACGAGGCUCGAGACGCCGGCGAUCGAGGAGCAAGAACUGAAGCUGAUCAUCGACAACAAGAGAAGCAAGAAGAUGAACAACCAAGAGUUUGACGACCUCUGGGGCGCCGCCCUCGGGGAGAUCAAAGCCAGAGACGAAGUCCAGACCGAAGUCAAAAAAGACGCCGAUCCCGGAGGUAUUCCAAAUACCUACCUAUCGUCCACCUCUCUCGCUCGAAUUCCAGUCGCCUGCGCCAUCCGGCGAUCGGUCCGACUCGGACUGGCCCGAUAUCGACUCCAUAUUAGCUUCGUGAUCGCGGCGGCGCUCACCGUGCUGUACGCGCGGUCCCAGUAUCGCGCGCACCGCGCCGCGGCGGCGCAGGUCCCGGGGCUCGUCGACCUCGUGCUCGAGCGGCUCGCGACCCAGAAGCGGCUGGGCGGCGACGGCGAGGACGGCGAGGACGACGCCGCCGUCGAACCCUGGCUCUUCCUGCCGAACCUCCGCGACGACGUGCUCCGGUCCGUGCACUCGCUGCGCCAGCGCGACCGCAUCUGGGGCCGCGUGCGCGCCGUCGUCGAGCAAAACAGCAACGUGCGCACGAGCCAGCGCGAGAGCCGCAGCGGCGAGGUCGGCCGCGCCUGGGAGUGGAUCGGCCCCAUCGGCGGCGGCACUGGUGGCAGUGCCCCCGUCGCCGGCGACCGGGCGAACUCGUGGCUUCGGAGGAGGAAGAGUGCGGGUCCUGGGGCCGCAGCCGCAGCCGCGGCCGGCGGCGAUGCUGCAGCAGCUGCCGCCGCUAGGCGCCCGAAGUGGGAAGAGUCGAGGCCUAUUUACUAGAGAGUAAGAUCCCACCGAGGAAACAGGGGAUGGGGGAAGUAAAUAAAGAAAGGAAAGAGAGGGAUGGUCGGUAGGAAGAUUCUGCUUAGACGGGGUUUUACGGCGCUACCCAGGGGAAGGGAAAAGAAAGGAAGGCUGGCUGUCUAUGUAUCUGCUCGUCGCUGUCACCGCCGCCGUCUCUCUACUUUUCUGUUGUUGUCACCUCGUCUGGUCGGGUGGGACGGCGUUCGGGGCUUAUUACCUGUCGAUUCUCGGUCGGCUGCCACCGCUGCCGCUGCCGCUGCGUGUACUUUUCUUAGUCGUACUGUUGAACUCAUUUUUUACCGCUGUUGCUUACCUAUCUACCUAC